ACGACUCGCAGGGCUGACCCGACGCCGCAAGACCCUGGGUGUGCAUCAGACAAAACCCGCAAACAACAACAUCAACAACACAAGUCGCACGCAGCCCAAAGGACUCUCUCUUUCUAGUGCACCCCGCAUCCGACGCACCCGGCUGUGCCUGCCAUGUCCUCAUCCGCGAACGAUUCACACGCCACCGUCUGCUCCAUGCGACCCGCCCGUGGCUGCAGCAACAGCUUCCGCGCCUCCACACCGCCAGUCGUCGACGGUCGUUGUUUCCCUCACGCCGCCGACACAAGUCCCCUUCCUCCCGCCCUCACCUCCUCAUCCUCCAUCUGUGCCCCCGACGAGCAAAAGCCAUUCACCAGCUACGAUCCCCAAGCCGCCCUCGAGCUUGAUUACCCGACGCGCGGACCCGGUACCGGACACUCCAAAUCCCUGUCGGCCUCGUUCCUCGAGAAUUGCAGGCCGUUGGUGCACCGUGCAACCGCCUCGAUCUCGUCUCUGACACAGCAAUCUCGCGCCUCCCUACCACCUCUCACGACGCCGCUAGCAUCGUCCACCCCCUCGCGCACCACCCGCACCACCCCCACACUCUUUCACUCAGACGACGACGAUCGGGCCCGCUCGACGCAGCAAAACAACAACGACAACGACGCCCGCAGGCUCUCGUUCCUCGACAGCUGGUUCGGCGGCGCUACAUUUCCUUGGACCCUCGGCCUUGCGCCGAACCACAACACCCACACCCACCCUGAACCCGACUCGGCCUGCGACCUAGGCUCCGACUCUGACUUCGAUCGAGACGACUUCUUCAAACAACACAUGGAUCCCGUGAGCAGUUUCACCCGCGCUCCGCCCAGCCUGGGCCAGCGCCGUAGGGAGAAGCGUGAGAGCACCACCUCUCAGGCCUCCACUCAGGCUCCCAAGACUUCCAAGAUCACCUCCUGGUUCAGCCGGGCCUCGAGCAACACCCACAAGCGGGAGAACUCGGGCUCGCAACCCCACGACCCGCUGUUGACGCUCAACAUCGAGCAGACGCUCUUCCCUCGCGGCAGCCCCGAAAUCUUCGACGAGGCCACCUACAACGACCUCGUGGCCAACGCUACGCAGCUGCUGCAGCAGUACCAGGCCUCGUACAAGGUGCUCUACUUUGCCAUGACCGACGCCCGCGGCGAGGCCGACGCCGCCAAGGACGAGACGGCCGAGGCGCAGGUGCGCGCGACGAACCUGAAGAGUCAGCUCGACGAGAAGGCGCGCCAAGCCGCGCGCCAAGAGGAGGACAUGAGGCAACUUAUGGACGCUCUGAACCAGGAGAAGCUGAUGCGGCGCUCACGCGGCAACGUCGUGUCGAAGCGUAAGUCGAACAGCAGCAUGGCCAGCACGAGCCUGCACUCCGACUCGGGCUUCGAGAGCGAGGGCGAGACGGCCGUCGAUGGCACCAGCAUCCGCGACAGCAUCCUCUCGGAUGCUGGAGCGCUUGAGAACGAGAUCAAGGAGCUCUGCGAGCAGCAUGAGAAGCAGCAGGCUGCUCCUGAGACCAAGACGGCUGACGCCAAGCCCGCCAUAGCCAACAAGCGCAGGAGCGUCUUCGAGACCGUCAUGCAGAAGAAGCAGCAGCAGCAGCAGCAGACCCCGCCGCUCAAGAAGAGCAUCAUCGGUGGCGGCGCCCCCAAGGGCGGCAAGAACGUGCAGGAGACGCACGCCAGCCAGCUGGCCAUGUGGAAGGAGAACCGCGACCUGCGCGAGCGCGUGGACCAACUCGAGCGCGCCGUCGAGGAGAGCUUGGCCGUUGUCGGCACCCUCGACCUCUAAAUGCUGAGCGAGUGAGUGAGCGAGCGAGCGAGCAGGAGAGGACGAGGAGGAGGAGAGCGGCGAGAGGAGGAUAAAUUGGACAACAACAACUACAAACUACAACUCAUCAACAAACAAACAAUUAACGAA